GUCCAAUUCGUCAUCAUCGAUUUUUUAUUUUUUCAAUCGCAAUUCGCAUAUCUGCAGCGAAAAAUAUUUCGUCUUGUGAAGAAAUUACUUAGCAAUUUUAUUUUGUUGCAUUAAUUGCAAAUUUAUAUAAAAUUUGCAAUUAUGGGCGACAAUGAGCAAAAGGCGUUACAGUUAAUGGCAGAAGCCGAGAAGAAGUUAACUCAACAAAAAGGUUUUCUCGGCUCGUUAUUUGGUGGAUCCAAUAAAGUUGAAGAUGCCAUCGAAUGCUAUCAGCGAGCAGGCAAUAUGUUUAAAAUGUCUAAAAACUGGGUAAAAGCUGGAGAAUGUUUCUGUGAAGCUGCCAAUUUACAUGCAAGAGCUGGUAGUCGUCAUGACGCUGGUACUUGUUACGUUGAUGCUUCAAAUUGUUAUAAAAAGGUGGAUAUCGAAAGUGCAGUUUCUUGUCUUCUGAAAUCGAUUGAUAUCUAUACAGAUAUGGGACGCUUUACAAUGGCUGCUAAACAUCAUCAAAGUAUUGCCGAAAUGUAUGAAAGCGAUCCUAAUACUUUGGCCAAAGCAAUUCAGCACUUUGAACAAGCAGCUGAUUACUUUAAAGGAGAAGAAUCAGUCAGUUCAGCUAAUAAAUGUAUGUUGAAAGUUGCCCAAUAUGCAGCACAGUUGGAAGAUUAUGAAAAGGCUAUUUCCAUUUAUGAACAAGUAGCCGCAUCUUCACUUGAAAGUUCUUUAUUAAAGUAUAGUGCUAAGGAAUACUUUUUCAGAGCAGCUCUAUGUCAUUUAAGUGUUGAUUUGUUGAAUGCUCAACAUGCUAUUGAAAAAUAUUCAAACCAAUAUCCAGCAUUCCAAGAUUCACGGGAAUAUAAACUCAUUAAGGUACUCUGUGAACACCUUGAAGAGCAAAACAUCGAAGGCUUCACUGAAGCAGUUAAGGAUUAUGAUAGCAUAUCUCGUUUAGAUCAGUGGUAUACUACAAUAUUGCUUAGAAUUAAAAAGGCAGCAGAUGAAGAUCCAGAUUUGCGAUAAAUUAUUUAAUCUAAUUUGAUUAAAAAAAUACUUUAAAUAAUAUUAAAAUCUUACUGAAAAUAAAUAUAAUCAUUUUUAAAAUAUUUAAAUUACAAAAAUAUUUUCACACCUCAUAUUAUGCAGCAAGAGAUAAACUAAACUAUUUAAAGUAAAAACAGAGCCUAUUAAAUCAUUGUCAUAAAUGUUAAAUAUAUAUAUAUAUAAAUAUAUAUCAAUAUAUAAAAUAAAGUCAUUGUGAAAAUUAUAUAAAAAUAAAAUUAAAUUGGAAUGGGAUAGACGAUAGAGAACUUUACAUAAUUGAAUGCUACACGGAAUGUAUAAAAACAAAAGCAUUAAAAGAUUUUUUAAUUCCUUUAAAAUAUAGAUUGAU